GAAAUGGCAAACAGAUGGAAAGAGAAAGGUAAGCAUUAAGUAUUGACAUAAUUAUCAUGACAACUGAGGUCAGAGACAACGGGGAAAUAGGAGGAGAUGGCUUGACGGACCAGCUCAACUCUAUCGAGAGCGCUCCAGCUCCAGAAACCGCCCCAAAACCAAGAAGAAGAUUCAUUGGUAAGCCAAAUCAAGUGUCAUCAAGUGAUGGAUCAUCACUUGUGAAAAGUACUCGUAAGAAACAUGUAGGAAGAUUGAUGAACCAGAUUCCAGACGAUAUCCUUAACGAUAAGGACCUCGACGCAGCAAUCGGUCUUCUCCCAUCAAAUUACAAUUUUGAACUUCAUAAAACCAUAUGGAACAUUAGAACUCAUGGUGCCAAGAGAGUGGCCCUUCAAAUGCCCGAAGGUCUUCUUAUCUACGCUCUCGUCAUUUCAGACAUCAUCGAACAGUUCUGUGGCGUGGAAACAGUGGUCAUGGGGGAUGUCUCGUACGGAGCGUGUUGUAUAGAUGACUAUACGGCCAGAUCUUUGGAUUGUGAUUUCAUUGUCCAUUAUGCCCAUUCAUGUUUGGUCCCCAUUGAUAUCACAGCCAUCAAGGUACUCUAUGUGUUUGUUACGAUCAACAUUGAUGAGUCGCAUCUUUUAAAUACCAUCAAACGGAACUUUGCCCGUGGUGCCCAACUUGCUGUGUUUGGAACCAUUCAAUUCAACCCAACCAUCCAUAGUAUAAGGGCCAAGUUGGCUGAAGACAAUGACCAUCCUAUAUACCUUAUCCCACCACAAACCAUGCCAUUAUCCAAGGGUGAAGUCCUUGGAUGUACCUCUGCCCGUUUGGAUAAGUCUCAGAUCCAAGGAAUGAUUUAUGUCGGGGAUGGUCGUUUCCAUAUGGAAUCCUCGAUGAUUCAUAACCCAGAUAUCCCAGCAUACCGUUACGAUCCAUAUCUGCGGAAAUUCACUCGUGAAUACUAUGACCAAAAGGAGUUGAUUGAUGUCAGAGCAGAUGCUGUCGCUGCAGCCUCCAAGCUGCGUAAGGUGGGGCUCAUUCUUGGAGCAUUAGGUCGUCAAGGUAGCAAUGCCACUUUGGAUACUUUAGAAGAGAAACUUACUAGCCAUGGAAUCAAAGUGGUUAAGAUUAUCUUGAGUGAAAUCUUCCCGCAAAAAUUGGCCAUGUUUGACGAUAUAGAUGCCUUUGUACAAGUUGCCUGUCCACGUCUUUCCAUCGAUUGGGGUUACGCAUUCAACAAGCCUUUACUUACACCAUACGAAGCCAUGGUCAUGUUGGACAACGACAGGAUGUGGGAUGAAGGAUACUAUCCUAUGGAUUAUUAUUCGAAGAAUGGGUAUGGAAGAGGUAAGGUUCCGGAUCAUAGUGAAGUAGUUUAAUAGAAUGUAUAUAUAGAGAAAAUAAUGACAAUCAAUCUUUUCAUUUAUUAGAUAUUUACAUACUUGUCACAAGUUAAAUAU